GAAUUGUAAUCCUUCAUUUUUUUCUUGAGAAGAGGAAGCUGAGAGGUGAUGCUAUUAAUGGCCCUAAAGGACUGCCAAUUGUGGGAAACAUUCUUGAAAUCAACGAUAAAACAAUUCACUUUAAGUUUACGGACUACGCACAGAAAUUUGGAGAGAUCUUUCGACUUAAAAUGCUGAUGGACAAUGUUAUUGUUUUGAACAGUGAAAAUAUUAUUCGUAAAGCAUUUGGUGGUGAAAAAUAUAAGCGAUAUUUUGGUGAUCGAGGAGAAAUGUUUUAUGGCGAGCACUUCCGCUGUCACAGUCAGUCUCUGGGUUUUGCCCCUAGUGGUUCAGGCGUCUUCUAUCGAACUGCAAGGAAAAACUAUGUACGAGCUCUCCAUAUGAGAGGAACACAAAAUUCAAAGGAUAAUAUUAUGGUCGAAAUGGCAAAGCUGGUUAAAAGGCUUGAGGACAAGUCGGGAAGAGAGUUCGAGUUUGUAUCAUUGUUACAGCGGUCCCUAUCUAAUGUGAUGUCUCUGGAUUUGUGUGGAAAGACAAUUCCUGAUAAUGACCCUGAUAGCAACUUGUUUUGGGACCAUGUACGAGGAAAUGAUUUCUUUUUAGGUUCUUAUGUUAAUUUUGUCUUGACAACAUUUCCAUUCCUUCGUUACCUACCGGGAAAAUAUGGAGACACAUUUCGGAAGGCAAAGAAGGCAAACGGAAAAAUUGCUAAGAGAUAUUUCUACGAUAUGAAGACAACUACAAAUAGAACUGAACUGUUGCUUUAUAUGUGUAAUAUAUUUCCUGAAAACUUGUGUUUUUAUGAGAAAGAAGGACAUGUUCUUAUAUAA